AUGGAUUUUUUGUUUGAUGAGCUAGAGCAAGUCAAAAUAAAAAAAAGAACUACCUAUAAAAAAGUCCAGGUUGUUGGAACAGGCCAAGGAGAUGAAAUAGCCAGAGAAGACACUAGCAAUCAGAUUGUACCAAAUAAUGCUUCCACAAGCUCAGAUUCGGAACGUCUCCUCAACAAUGUGAAUAAAAAGGGUUUUCUUCUGACUAGCGAUAAACUGGAUACGAUACGGAGUCGGUUGGCACAAUCUAAAGAUUCAGAAGUAGUUGAGGAUAGAGCUCUAAUCAAUCCACAAAUAGAGGAACAGUCUAAAGAAAAAACAUUUUCUUCUGAACAAAAUAAUAUUGUAGUAAAUCAAUCGGACGAUAUCUCUACACAAAUUAUUAACGAAUAUUAUGAUGGUGGUGAGGAUUUAGAUGCAACUGAUAUAAUCAAAAAUAGUACGCAAGUGAUAUAUGAGAAACGUAAAAAGAACAGUAUUUGGAUUAACCCUAGGAAUUCGAAACCGAAGAAAAUUAACCCAACUUACGAUACAUCAAGACUGAGAAAUAGAAGUAGUUAUAAAACGGUUAGUGAUGAUGACAUUGAUGAUGAUCUGGAUGAUAAUGACGGUGUAGAAGAAACACAAGCAACCCAAAUUGUAAGCACAGAGAAGGAUAAUAGCGUGACAACCGUUAACCUGAAUGAGGAACAUGAAACAUCGUCAUUUUUAUUCUCUAACAUUGGAGUAGGGAAGUCUCUCUUAUUUGAUUCUGAGCCCCUCAUCCCUACCCAGAAAAUAGCUGCUAGUCAGAACGACAGAAGCGUAGAAAUCAAUAAAGAUGAUGACGAUUAUAGACAAACCAUGGAUGCAUCUACGCAGAUAAUAGGUGCAACUCAGCAUGUACCCAUUGAAACUCAAAAUAGCUACUUGCAGACUAUUAAAGACCAUGAGGAUAAGACAGUUGGGUCAUCAAAAGACCUUCAUACACCAAAUUUUAACCCCAAUACUUCAAUUUUACCGUUAUUCAAAAAUAAUUCUUCUGAAGAAGCACAAUCCGAAACUCAAAUAGAUGUAGUUCAUGAGGAAGUCCAUAAGACUAAAGAGAACGACACUCAGAUGGAUGAUACACAAAUAACAGAAGUUCUUGCAAUAACAAAGAUUGAGCAGGAAUUAGAGAAUGAUGAAAGAGCAAUUACUGACAAGCAAACAGAAUAUAUACCUAAAAGAUCACCAAAUGUACUACCCGCAAAAUCCCAAUUUACAAAGGAAAAACUACUACAGAACUUUGAUAGCAGCUCCUCAGAUGAAGAAGAUACUAUUUUAGGUGAAAAACAAAAAGAUCAAAACCUGAGUGAUUCUGAAAGCCUUGAAAACAAUGAUAUUAUGACCGACCAAAAGACUUCUGUCACUCCUUCCUCCGAAUAUAAUGGUAGCGACAAUGAGCAUUCAGCAAGUAUUAGUUUAAGAUCAUCACCCAUUUCUAAACCAAGAUGGAAAUCCUCAAGUAUGAUAUUACCUGCAUAUGUCAACAAUUUGAAACAAAAAGUAGAGAAUAAAAAACUUCAAUUAUCAUCAGAUUCUGACGAUGAGGUAGAUAGUGCAGUAAUAUACAAGCUCUCUAAUAAAUCAAAAGCAACCCUGCUAAACCUUAAAGUCCGUUUGUCAAAAAAAAAACCUGUAAAAAAGGUCCAUAACGAAAAAGAUUCUACAAACUUACUAUUCAACAACCUUCGAAAAGCUACCAAGCAGCAAAUUAUGCUUCAUAGAAAGGAAUUGAUGGAAAGUAGAGGUCUCAAUUUUGAAGACUUAGAAAAACAAAAGGUCAUGGUAGAGGACCUCUUAGAAAAGGAGAUUGAAAGGAACUUAAAGAUUCGUGAACGAGAAAAACGUAAAGAAAGUAAUGAACCACUAGCUGAACAGGAAAUAAUGGAAUCAGAUUAUGAAUACAGUGGCGAUGAAAGCGAUAUAUCCAAUAGUGAUAUUGUAGAUAAUAGUUCUAUAUCCUCUCAGCAGAUCAACUAUACGGAAGAAAUAACAUACGGCCUCAAAAAUUCCAAUGAGUCUGAUAAAGGUGAUAAUUCUCCUGCAGUCAUAAAUGGCCCAAUUGAAUUAGAGCUUGACAAUGUUGAUGAUGAAGGAGACAUUGAAAUCAAAAGGAGUCAUCGUACAUCUAAGAAGCCUUUCUUGUUCUCUGAUACUGAAAGUGAUUUUCAGAAUGAUGACAUCAUAACUGAUGCUUCAUCGAGUGCUGAGAGAUUACCAAUAGAUGAGUCACAAGAAACUUCACCAGAAAAUGAAGACCAUGAUAGCUCAGAAGAUAUUGAUACUGAGCAAGAAAGAAUUGCUGCUAUCAAACAGCAAGUGAAGCGUCAACAGGAAAGAGAAGUCAAAGAAAGAAAAAAACUGCAGGAACUCGCUAAUAAAGGUGUGAACCAAUACUUUGAAGAAGAGGCUGAAGAAUCUGAUGAUGAAUGGCGAGGUAUUGGCGGUGUAGAUGGUGAUGAUUUUGGUGAAUAUGAUUCCGAAGUGGAGAAAAUGAUUGACGAUUAUUCAAAAACUGAAGUCGAUCUAACUUCUCUGCGACAAAAAAUUAUGGAUGAAAAUAAAGAAAUGGACCUCAAACUUGUGAACAAAAUUCUUUAUGAUAUAAAAAAUGGUGGAUUUAGAAAAAGGGGCCGUAAUGACAUGGAACUAGAAUUUAGUGAUGAUGAAGACGCUGAACUACAAGAAUUCAGAAGAAAAAGACGUGAGUUAAUGAAACAGCGAAUGCUUGAAAAUGAAGACACCGACAAGCUGACUAAAAAUCCGAAAUCAAAAGCCUUCUUUGAGAGUAUGAUUGUGGACCUAGUAGAAGAUAAGAACAAUUUUGAUGAUUUAUCAGAUCAAAUUGAAUUGAAGGAGGAGAAUAUUACCCAAGAAGAUAAUGAGAAGGAGUAUAAUGAGGCUAAAUCCAAUAAAAGAGGGAAAAUACGUAUAUCAGAAGAUUUUGUUCAGAAAACUCUGUCAUUUUUGCAUAAUGAUGAGAGCACACAGGAAUUUCAACCCAGCUUUAUCAUGUCCAAGGAGAAAGGAAUUGGUGAUAUGAAUGCUCUUAAGUCCAAUAGUAGCUUGUCUUUUUGUUCAAAAUUAUCAACAUCUAGAAAAAUCAUUAACGAUGAGGAAGAUGUUAUUGAAGAGUUUGAGUCGUUUAAGAGACCUUCAAUUAUUCAAUCAUUCAGUUCUAAGUUUACAAUUGAUGACAAAUUCAAGGACGGAAACAAAUCAGUCAAAGUUUCAACUUCUUAUAAAACAGUGGGAGGUUCCAAGGCAUCUAUUACAUAUUUGGGUAAAACACGAAAACUAGUACCUCCAAAAAAUGGACCAACUGUUAGGAAAAGGAAUUCAAAUAAUACAAGCCGCCUUUUCAAUAUCCAAAAUGAUCCAUUUGAUUAG